CAUUUACUCAAGCAUCCUCCACCAUUCAUGGGUCAGACCCACCUUUGUUAGCGAUUCACACCCAAACACACCAAUAAGCUUAACAGCUGAAGAAUUUUCGCCCUCCGGGCGCUGGUCGUCAUGGCCUCACCAGAGGUCUCAAACCGCCGCGCGCGCCCGCAGAGCACGCCGCAGGCUUUGCCGCAGGGCCAGGCCGAGUCGGGACACGUAUCUCUCGACACGCGCACCGCUAACGCGCCUCAGCCGGCUGGCCGCGGAAGGUACUCCAGCCUCCCGGCCCUGGCCAUCAAAACACUGCAGCAGGAGUUGGAAAACGUGGAAACAGUCGGCAGCUGGCUCGAAGAGGUCUUUGCAGCCAAGCUCGAAAGUUUACAGGCCCCGGAGGACGCCGCGCUUAGGAGAAUUGUUUUUGAACUUGACGACGUGAUCAGCGGCUGGUUCCUCAGUCGCACCCUCCCUGAAAAAGAGCGUUCACGCUCCCCGUCGCGUUCGCCGACCAGUUCCAGCGAAAGGCGCAGCAUUUUAAUUACGCGGACGGGCACGGCGUCGUCGGCCUCUAAAGGCAGAGGCACGCCCACUAACAAAUCGGUCACAUGGGCCGAGCGAGCCGCCACGCCACCAGCGGCGGCCCCAACGCAAAUUUUAACCCCGGCCACGCGCUCGUACCCGAUACGUACGACGCCCGGCAAUACACCUGACAGCUCCGCAACUCCCUCCCAAUCGGGCCGGGACCGCUCCCAAGCCCCGAAACGUUUGACAGAACAGCCGUCCAACCGCAUCCUGAUCCGCGUAAAUGACAAAUUGCGGAUGGUGACGAGGGAGCCAUACGCGGUAACGACCAAACUGGCCGAAUUGGUCUCGGUGCCACACAGUGAAAUCCCAAACGCCAAGCGUACCCCCACGGGCUGGGGUGUUACGGUGGCCUCUGAGGAAACACGGCAAAAACUCCUCAACCCCAGCGCGGUCAAGGCCAUUAUGGACGCAUUGGACGCGCGGGAAGUCACUGUCCCGACAACCUGGCACACAUACGCCGUCUCUGGAGUGCCCCGAACGCUCAAUUGCCUGGACGGAAGAAAGGACGUACAUAAGGUAAUCCAGGAGGAGAUUACCGUGGCAGCAGGCCAGCAGCCAGUCAACUGCUUUUUGGAGUGUCGAAACGUGCGCGGAAGGUUGAAAAAUCACGCAAAAUUACACACCACCACGACGGUUGCCAGGGAUAUUGCGAAAUACGUCGCUGCGUACGGCAAGCGCGUUGCGGCAUAUGUGGUGAAGCAAAACAUGCGACAGAGGAAAAGCCGUGCAAAGCAGCCCCCAAAUGCGUCAAUUGCCACGGCCAUUUCCCAUCCGGAUAUAAGAACUGCCCUGCCCGACCUUUAGUGGUAAAUGGGAAGUUUGAACGACCUUCACAGCGUAAAUUAAAGGGGAU